AUGGAAUUCAAUAGGCAUAUGGUGAAUUUGCUUAACGGUUCCAAAGCCAGCUGGGCUGCUAUGUUUCAAAGCAAGAUCUACAUUCGUAAGGUUAGUACCCUAACACCGUUUUCACACCCACCGCCAAAUUUGAGCCGAAAACAGCUCUCUAAGCUAAGUACUACUGAGUUGUUGAUAAAAGCUGGGUUCAUUGCACAACCUAAUGCCGGCUUAACCAACUGGUUACCACUGGGAAAAGAGACACUGGAAAACGUCAAGAGGAUUAUACACAGACACCAUAAGGAAGCGCAAUGUGUUGAAGUAUCACUUUCAUCAUUAUCGCAUAAUUCCAUAUGGGAGAAAACCAACAGGUGGAAUAAUAAUGAAUUAUUCAAAGUUGGAGACUUUUGCUUGGCUGCUACAGCAGAAGAGGAGAUCACGACUUUAAUGACACCAUUCUUACAAAGCUAUAAGAAACUACCAUUUAUUGGUUAUCAACUAACACGGAAAUAUCGUAAUGAGAAGAGAUCAAGAGGUGGAUUGUUACGUGGAAGAGAAUUUUACAUGAAAGACGCAUAUAGUUUCGAUUCAACACCCGAAAAUGCACUAACUUCAUUUAACAAGAUGAACGGCGUCUACGAGAAAAUCUUCAAUGAUUUGAGACUACCCUGGGUGAAGGCAAAUGCUGAUAGUGGUGAUAUUGGCGGUGAUUUAAGCUACGAAUGGCAUAUUGUUAGUGACGUUGGGGAAGAUACUGUUGUUAAAUGUAAUGAAUGCGGGGCUUGCGGGAACGUUGAGAGGGUGCAUAGUUUAAAAGAGGAUGGCUAUGUUGACGAGAGUGAUGUCUCCUAUUUCCUAAAUAACGAACACGAAUUGAUUUGUGUUUAUUACCCAAAGGGACGCAAAUUGUCGAUGAAGUUUUUGAAGGAGGAAGAUUUGGUUGAAAUUAACGAACAUCUAGGUGAUGGAGAGAAAGCAUUAACUAUAUUUGAAACUGAGAAUGAAGAGAAUGACAACCUUAUGACCAUCUACAGGUUAUGUGACGUUAAUGUAGGUCCUGGUACUAAAAUGCCGGACUUGCCGGUACCAUUCUCCAAAAACCAUAUGAUUACUUUCCAGGGGCUUGAUAUCACCGAGGCCCAGGAGGGAGAUGUUUGUUCACAUUGCGAAAAAGGCAGACUUAUUGAGAUGAAGGGUGUUGAAGUUGGACAUACCUUUUACCUUGGCACCAAAUAUAGUGAGCCACUAAAUGCCACAUUUAUUGAUGGUAAUAACGAGAAGAAAUACUUUGAGAUGGGCUGUUACGGGAUUGGAGUCAGCAGGAUAGUCGGAGUUAUUGCUGAAAUCCUGCGAGAUGAAACAGGAUUACGCUGGCCUGCUGCAAUUGCACCACUACAAGUCAGCAUAAUUAAAAGUGGCGAGUUAUCAGGAAAGGAUGCAGAAAUUGAAGACUUCAUCGACAAGCUAAGAUUAAAUAAAAAGGUGCGGUUAGAAGUGGAUGAAAGUGAGGAUAUUGGUUUUGGUAAGAAGUUGACCAAGAGUAAAAUUAUUGGUAUUCCAUUGCAGGUGAUACUUGGCAAGUCUUACCCGAUUGUUGAGAUUGAAGUUCGUGGUACAUUUUUCAGUGAGAACUACAAGAAGGAGAUGCUGGAAAAGGGCGACGAAUGGGGUUGGAAGGAGGACACUAGUAAAUUUGGUGACAUCAAACAUACUGUUGAUAUCACUCAUGCCGGGGAAGUCAUUGAAUUGUUAUUAAAAGACUUGUGA